AUGAUAGAAGAAUUACAACGACACAUUCCACGAAUUGAAGUAACAAAAUCAAAUAGAAUAUCAACAGAUCAAAGAACUCAAUCCAAAAGUGCAUCAAUAAAAGGAAAUAAUGAAUAUCAAGCGUUAGCUGAUGCCCUUGGACAUCAAGAUCAAAUUUUAACGUUUGUUCAAGAUAUAUUUUCAGCAGUUGAACUAGUACAAAGAAAUUUGAAAACAUUAACGGCGACAGUUGAAGAAGGGGGAAAGAAAGUUGUUUCGAUUGAAACAAGUAACCGGCAAUGUGUUGAAAAGAUGAAUGUUUUAGCAGAUAUGUUUCUAUCGAUAAACAGUCGAAGAAAAAAGAAUGCCGAAACACAGGUAAGUGUAUUUUAGUUGGAUUGU